CAUGCAACCAUUCCUCCGACGCUUUAUGUCUCUCAAACGCCCCUCCGUUAUGAAGCCGCUCAUCGCUGUCGUCGGUGCCACGGGCACGGGCAAAUCAAAGCUUGCAGUGGACCUAGCCUCGCGAUUUAACGGGGAGAUCAUCAAUGGCGAUGCCAUGCAAAUGUAUCGCGGUCUCCCUAUCAUCACCAACCAGAUCCCCGUCGAGGAGCGAAACGGUGUCCCGCACCACCUGAUUAGCUGUGUUGAGCUGGAUGAACAGCCAUGGUUCGUGGGCAGAUUCAGAAGCGAAAGUCUCCGACUCAUUGACGAUAUUCACGCCAGAGGGAAAACUCCCGUCCUGGUCGGCGGUACCCAUUACUAUACACAAGCCGUUCUGUUUAAGGAUCAGCUACUUGGCGAGGAUGCCAUUGCAGACGAUGUGCCAGAGGAAGCGGAAAAUCGAUUGACGGAAGAUAACGACCCGAAGUCUUCGACUAAAUGGCCCAUUCUUGACGCUCCUACUGAGGUGGUUCUGCAGAAGCUGAGAGAAGUCGAUCCGGUCAUGGCGGAUCGAUGGCAUCCGAAUGAAGCACGCAAAAUCCGCCGCUCCUUAGAGAUCUAUUUCCAGACCGGCAGGCCCGCGUCGGAGAUCUACGCGGAGCAACAGCGGACGAAGCGGGCAGCCCUGACUCGGGAUGACUCCCUUACGGGUGCCGGCCACUUGCGAUUCCCGACGAUGAUAUUUUGGGUGCACUCGGAGAAGGAGACGCUCAACACGCGACUGGACAAGCGGGUGGAUGCAAUGCUAGAGCAAGGGCUAAUGACAGAAGCCAGGCAGAUGUCGGAUUACUUCCAGGAAAAGAAAGCCCAGGGCGUCUCCGUUGACCAGAGCCGCGGCGUAUGGGUGUCUAUCGGAUACAAAGAGCUAGCACCCUAUCUCGAAGCACUAUAUGCAGGCUCGGUGGAUGAAGCCGAGCUAGAGAACCUCAAGAAAUCUGGCGUUGAGUCGAUCAAGACUGCAACGCGGCAGUAUGCCAUGUCUCAAAUCAAAUGGAUCAGAAACAAGUUAUGGCAGGCCCUUGCAGACGCAAGCUCGACCAAUCGCCUCUACCUCCUUGACAGCACCAAUGUCGACGCAUGGGAACAGAAUAUUACCGAGCCGUCCGAACGUCUUGUCCGCGCUCUGCUGGAAGACGAACCCACUCCCGACCCGAAAUCACUGUCAGAACUCGCAAGGACCGUCUUAGGCGCCAAGGAGUCGCAGCCGCAGAAAGAGUCGGGAUCCGUCACCAAGUGCAGGACUUGUGACAUCUGCCACAAGACCAUGAUGGGUGAUGAGCAAUGGCAAAUACACAUCAACGGCUCAGUCCAUAGGAGAGCUCUUAAGAGCGCCGCCAAACGGGCCGCGCGUGAUGAAUAUCUACGAAAGCGACAAAAGCUGCUACACGAGGGCCAGGAAAAGGGCCCUGAUUCUCCUGCGGAGCCAGAUGUACAAGCCCCUCCGUCCCCUCAAACCAGAUAG